AGUCAUUACACUAUGCUAAAAUUAAACAAUGGUUAUCAUGGAGUCUACGUUUAAUGCCAACUAAUCAUCAUUCGAAUAAAAUUGAUGCAAAGAAAAAUUGGUUGUAUAGAAAUUCGGUGGAACAUUAUUUAACUGCACAGAAUUCUUCAUAUUUUAUUACUGGUACACCAAAUCCAACUAUAGCUGAUAUAUGUAUUGCAUAUACAUUGAAACAAUUUACUGACUACUCUCAAUGGAUUAGUAGUAGUAGUAGUAGUACAAACAAUAAACAUCAUAUUAUUGCAUGGUUUGAUAACUUGACAAG